GGAUAAACUCCCCCUUGGCAACCGUCCAUUCCCCGCCCCGCCUUAUCCUCCCCUGAUCUCCCGUACAAAAGCGCUAUCCCUCCCGCUCCCGCCCGCCCGCUCAAGCUAUCCACCACCAUAGCCGCCCCGCCGCCACACUCUUCUUGCUCACGGCUUUAGCCUACCGAGCGCAGGAAUGGCGUCGUUCGCCGUGGCAACGAUCCCGUCGCUGGCGGCCCCGGCGGCCAGGAAGAGGUCCGGCGGCGUCACCUACGUGGAGGGCAUGAACGCCUACAGCGGCCUCAAGGGGCUCAACAAGGUCACCAUGCUCGGGCUGCGCAAGACCGCCGACUACUCCUUCGCCAAGAUCGUGGCGUCGCUCAGCCCCGCCGGCAAGACGCGGCGCGGCAGCGCGUUCGGGGCGCAGAUGAACGCCGCGGGGGAGAUCUUCAGGAUCGCCGUCAUCAUGAACGGCCUCGUGCUCGUCGGCGUCGCCGUCGGGUUCGUCCUGCUCCGGGUGGAGGCCGCCGUUGAGGAGUCCGAGUAGGGAUGGAUGCCCGCCCGCCCUGAUAGCAGCCACUCUGGCUGUCGCCUCUUACCUCAUAUAAGCCGUGAUAUAUAAAACGUGAUGUAUGUUUUUGAUUGAUGAAUUUUACUUCGGUAUGUAUCCAUGACAAUUGAUGAAUACCUUGCAAACAUGUUUUCGGAGUCGAGGUCUGCAAUUG